AUGAAGAGCGACAAAAACUUGGACAAUGGUACGUCAAGACUAGCGGAAAGAGAGUUUGUACCAAGACGAAUCCGAUUUUGGCGAUUACUUGUCGUGAUCUUAUUGUUGGUGUUCAUGUUUACCCCUUUAUGGUUGAGGUUCCGGCUUCUGCGUAAGCCGAAAUCUACUCAUGGGUGGUCUAAGACACAUAGCGACAAUAUGCCAAAAUUAGAAUUAUCUGACCACCCCAAUGCCGACGUCGUAGACUCGAAAGCACGAGUGGAAGAAACUGGGUUAGUGCUCGUACUGUAA